UGAACGUUAGCGAGAUCGCGCAGUUCACUGUACCGUUUAAAUAACGACCGCUCCGGUACUUGGUCUUCCGAUUUAUUGUUUAGUGUUAUCUCAUCUUCGCCAUAAACAAUAACGGUGUUUUUUCUUCAAAAUGAUAACCUUAGCGUUAUUUAUAAUUAUAAUAUGUGGCUUUUAUUUGUACGGAAAAAGGAACCAUAAAUAUUGGGAGUCGAAAGGAGUAAAACAUGACAAACCUUUGCCCUUUUUUGGAAACAACGCGAGAAAUUUUUUGGUGCAAAUUAGCGUAUCAGAAUUAGUUGGUGAAUAUUAUUGGAAAUAUCCAAAUGAAAAAGUAGUAGGAUUCUAUCGAGCGUCUCGACCAGAACUAAUAAUUCGAGAUCCUGACAUAGUCAAGAAGAUACUUAUUACAGAUUUCAGUUACUUUUAUCCGCGUGGAUUGAACAAUCCCAAAGAUUCAGUGGAGCCUAUGCUACGCAAUCUUUUUUUUGCUGAUGGAGACUUAUGGCGAUUACUGCGACAGAGGAUGACGCCCGCCUUCACGAGCGGCAAGCUGAAGGCCAUGUUUCCACUGAUCGUGGAGCGCGCGGAGAAGCUUCAAGCGCGCGCUCUGUCCGCCGCUACUACAGGGACAGAAAUCGACGCUCGCGAACUCAUGGCUCGCUACACAACGGACUUUAUAGGCGCCUGUGGCUUUGGACUUCAGACCGAUUCACUUCAAGACGAGAACUCCGCUUUCAGAAAACUCGGCGCCACUAUAUUUAAAAGAAAUCCUAGAGAUGUUGUUGUAAUGGUGCUAAAGGAGAUAUUUCCUACUUUGUUUAAAAAAUUAAAAGUAUUUUCAAGUGUGGAAAAACAACUACUUCGUUUAGUGGAUGAAGUUCAAAGGCAGAGAAACUAUGAACCAUCGGGGAGAAAUGAUUUUAUAGAUCUCUUACUCGAGUGUAAGAAAAAGGGUACGAUAGUAGGUGAGUCUAUUGAAAGAACAAAACCAGACGGAAAGCCUGAAGUUGCGACACUAGAGAUGGACGAUGAAUUAAUGGCAGCACAAGUAUUUGUAUUCUUUGCGGCUGGAUUUGAAACAUCGUCGUCGGCGACUAGUACCACCCUCCAUGAACUAGCGUACCACCCUGAAGUGCAGUCUAAAGUUCAUGAAGAGAUAGACAGAGUUUUAGCGAAGUACGAUAAUAAACUCAGCUACGAUGCUAUUAAGGAGAUGACGUAUUUGGAAUGGGCAUUUAAGGAAGGAAUGAGAGUUUUCCCAUCACUAGGCUUCUUGAUCAGAGAAUGUGCACGGAAGUAUACUUUCGAGGAAAUAAAUCUCACCAUAGACGAAGGAGUUAGAGUGUUUAUACCAGUACAAGCUAUGCAAAAUGAUCCCAAAUAUUUUGAUAAUCCAAGUGAAUUUAGACCGGAAAGAUUUGACCCAGCCAAUUUUGACGCGAAGAACAAAUGCGUAUAUUUACCAUUUGGUUUUGGACCGCGUGCUUGCAUAGGAGAACGACUGGGAUUCAUGCAGUCGCUAGCAGGACUUGCAGCUAUCUUAGCGCGCUUUAGUGUCAAGCCCGCACCUAGCACCGUUCGUCGUCCAGUUAUCGAUCCGAAUUCGGGCAUCGUGCAAACCAUAAAAGGUGGUCUCCCACUACUCUUUAUUGAACGGAAACCGUGCAAAUAAUCUUUUUAUUUUUAACAAUAUUAUAAUUGUGUAACAUUAAGCAUACGGAACAACUUUGAUAGUGAGCAUAAUAAUGUAUAGCUCAUCUUGAUUUCUAAUGUUUUUUAUUCUUUUCACUAUUUUUUGACUUAAUUAACUCAAUAAAAAAAGGCGUGGGGUUUUUAUAUUCUAGGUUAGUAUAAGAAUAGUAAAAUGUGUAAAUGUGUGAGCAUGCGUAUAUGAAUAUUUUUCGUCGCAACAUUUGAAUUGCUUUUAAUAUUAUUCAUGAUGUUUCAUAUGUAUGAAGCCUAAAUUUUCAUUAAAUUUUUUCCAUUGAUAAUAUGAAAAUAAUGAACCUUCUGUGUUAAAAUUAAUUAGUAAAUUCUGCAAUAUUUGAGUUGGCAGCAUAGAUAUUUUUUUUAUUUUUGAUAUAAGGCUACCGUUGUGAGUUGAGAGUAAAUUAUGUACUGCAUAUUAUCGUGACGUAUAGUAGUUUGUAGGUACUGCGUAAGAUAAUGUAGGUUAAGUUCAGAAGUAAGCUUAAGCCACUUUUAGCCACCGAAUUUGAUGGAAAUGAUAUCAUAUAUUUUCAUCAGCCACUAUCACCAUAAUUUUUAGCUACAUUCUGUAUCUGUUCAGCCUGGGUUUAGUUUUCAUACUCCCGUGGCCAUUGUCCUUUAUACAGUUAUUUUUUCUGUUUUCUGCAUUAACCUGUGUACGCAUAAUUGUUUCCUCGUUUCCUUCUGCUAAUUAUAUUCGGUUCCGCCAUGUGAGGUCGUAAGAGGUGAUCGUGGGAAAAUUCCAGGAGACGGGCAGCGUCUUCUGAUUGUCAUAACAUGCGGUCCUCAACACGCUUUGCCAAGCGCGGUGACUAUGGCUAAAAACCCCCCAAUGAUAGGAAAUAAGACAGCGGGAAGCCGCUGGAUUCAGAGGGCACAGGACCAGACGGAGUUGCGAAAAUUAGGGGAGGCCUACGUCCAGCAGUGGACUUGUAAAGGCUGAUUUAUUGGUUCUACUAAUGUUGAUCGCUACGUUAAUCCGUUUUCAUUAAUCUUCACCGUCACGCUAAGGUAUUGCAAAAAUUUCAUUUCUCUCUUAUUUUGCAUUGCGAUGUUAAAGAAAAUGACUUCAGUAAAACCGACUGAAAAUUCGUAACAAUACCACAGUAUUUUAGAUCAGAUGCAAAUAUGUUUUGAAAUAUUUUUGUCCAACUGCGACACAGCAGAAGAAUGGCAAUGAAUUAAGUAGUAUGAAUUUGGUAACAGAUUUUUUUAAAUUUAAGUUUUUAACGACUAAUACAGCUUUAAGGAAUAGUAAAGAAUUUCUGUCUUUCUAUAUGUUUAUCUUUUUUUAUCUUUCUGUAUCUUUUUCGUUUCUAAUAGAUUUCCAUAAAAAAUAGCAAGUAACUAAAAAUUAGCUGUGCAAACAGAAAAGUUAUCUAGCAGUAAAUAAUGGCAAUAUUUACUGCUGAAUAACGAUUACAUACAAACUCGUAUGUUUAAAAUUCUUAUGUGGAUCAUAAUAUUAAACGUUAAAUAUAU